AUGGAGGCUGCGAACGGAGGAUCCGCCGCUCAGGGUCAGAAUGGCUCGGGUGGGCAGCCUGACGGAUACAAGCUCACAUUCUGCACUGUAUGUGCGAGUAACAAUAACAGAUCCAUGGAGGCACAUCUCAGACUUUCCCAGGCGGAGUACCCAGUCAUAUCAUUUGGUACUGGAUCUCUUGUCCGUCUGCCCGGUCCCACUAUCACACAGCCCAACGUCUAUCACUUCAACAAGACAUCCUACGACAGUAUGUUUAAGGAACUUGAAUCCAAGGAUCCCCGGCUGUAUAAAAACAACGGAAUCUUGAACAUGCUUAACCGAAAUCGAGGCGUCAAGUGGGGACCUGAACGCUGGCAAGACUGGCAAGUAGGUGUCCCUCGCCUGAACCAUUCUAAGGACCGCGGUAGCGAGGGCACCGAGGGUGGCUUGGUUGAUGUGGUCAUUACCUGUGAGGAGCGGUGCUGGGAUGCCGUUAUUGAUGACCUUCUUAACCGGGGAUCUCCCCUCAAUCGACCUGUCCACGUUAUCAACGUCGAGAUCAAGGAUAACCACGAAGAAGCCGCUGUUGGCGGUCAGGGUAUUCUGGACCUUGCCAAUUCUCUGAACGCCGUGGCUCGAGAAGAGCGAGACUCUAUCGGCGCCGCCGCAUUUGACAACGGCUCCGCUGCUAGCAGAGCCACUUUUGACGAACGAGUUCCCGAUGUCCUUGCCUCCUGGCAGGAGAGAUGGCCCAACCUUCCGGCUACAUGGACCUUGGCUUGGUUCUGA